AUGAGCCUGGCCCUCCUUCGCCGCGGGGUGGGCGCGUCCCGGUCCCUGGCGAGCAUCAGCAACCAAGCUGACUAUGAGCGAUUCGCUAAGGACCCCGAGCACGCCGGUGCCACUGUGAGCCUUAUGGAUCGGUGGGUAUGGGAUUGCCAUGAGAUCUGCCAUCCAGCCUCCCCACAGCCUUCCAGAGGCACCGCCCCCACUCAGUUCUCCCCCGCCGCCUUGCAGUGGCCCAAGGUGCUGAACGCCCCCCUGUCGGAGGUCGACCCUGAGCUCUAUGACAUCAUUGAGCAUGAGAAGAACCGGCAGUGGAAGGGUCUGGAGCUCAUCCCCUCUGAGAACUUUGUGUCCAAGUCGGUGAUGGAUGCUGUGGGGUCCAUCAUGACCAACAAGUACAGUGAGGGCUACCCCGGCGCGCGCUACUACGGCGGCAACGAGUUCAUUGACCAGGCUGAGUCCCUGUGCCAGAAGCGUGCCCUGGCCGCCUUCCGCCUUGACCCCGCGGAGUGGGGCGUGAACGUGCAGUCCCUGUCGGGCUCGCCAGCCAAUUUCCAGGCAGGUUCCUGUUCAGUGUACACGGCGCUGCUGAAGCCACACGACCGCAUCCUGUCUCUGGACCUCCCCCAUGGCGGUCACCUGUCGCAUGGCUACCAGACCGACACCAAGAAGAUCUCGGCGGUUUCCAUCUUCUUCGAGACCAUGCCCUACCGUCUGAGCGAGGAGACGGGGCUCAUCGACUACGACGCCCUGGAGCGCACAGCCGAGCUGUACAGGCCCAAGCUGAUCGUGGCGGGGGCCUCGGCCUACACGCGCCACUAUGACUACCCGCGCAUGCGCCAGAUCGCGGACCGCCACAAGUCCAUCCUGCUGGCCGACAUGGCCCACAUCUCGGGCCUGGUGGCGGCGGGCGUGGUGCCCUCGCCCUUCGACUACGCCGACGUGGUGACCACCACCACCCACAAGAGCCUGCGCGGGCCGCGCGGGGCCAUGAUCUUCUACCGCAAGGGCGUGAAGGGGCAGGACAAGAAGGGGAACGACAUCAAGUACGACCUGGAGGGCCCCAUCAACUUCUCGGUGUUCCCGGGGCUCCAGGGCGGGCCGCACAACCACACCAUCUCGGGGCUGGCGGUGGCGCUGAAGCAGGCGGCGGGGCCCGAGUUCCGCGCCUACCAGGAGCAGGUGCUGGCCAACUGCCAGGCCCUGGCCAAGGGGCUGCUGGACGCCGGGGUCAACCUGGUGUCGGGAGGGACCGAGAACCACCUGGUGCUGGCCGACCUGCGCCCCCGCGGCGUGGACGGGUCGCGCGUCGAGCGCGUGCUGGAGCUGGCGCACAUCGCGGCCAACAAGAACACGGUGCCGGGGGACGUGUCGGCCAUGGUCCCGGGGGGCCUGCGCAUGGGCACCCCGGCCCUCACCAGCCGCGGCUUCGUGGAGUCCGACUUCGCCAAGGUCGCGGCCUUCGUCAAUAGGGGAGUCGACAUUGCCAAGGAGCUCAAGGGCAAGCACGGCCCCAAGCUGAAGGAUUUCCGUGAUGCCCUGGCCACCGAUGUGAGGCCUGGGAUGGGAGAGGGGAAUGGUGACGGCAUGGCUGUGGGAGUCGACAUUGCCAAGGAGCUCAAGGGCAAGCACGGCCCCAAGCUGAAGGAUUUCCGUGAUGCCCUGGCCACCGAUGUGCCACCCCAGAUCCAGGAGCUGAAGGAGGAGGUGGAGGCGUUUGCCACCCAGUUCCCCACCAUCGGCUUUGAGAAGGCAGACAUGCGCUACAAGGACUGA